CCGUCCAAUAUUUUUGUUUUGAUUUUUACCGCUCCGCGUAUUCUGUUCGGUAAUUCAACGAGUGUAGUAUUUAUCGCAAUGUUCCUCAAUCCGCGUCUUCUCAAGUUACCUCACAUUUCACGGUUCGUGCAAACGAUAUCAGUGCAACAAUCGAAAAGUACCUUAAUAUCCGCUCGGUCGCUCUCAAUCCUUGCCGGAACGUCGUUAAUUCGGAAUAUUCCGAGCGUGGUGCCAAAUCGUUCCCUACCUCAGAUAGUGUUAACCCGGAGCAACUCCAAUGACCACCACCAGCCGGAGGAAAGCUCCAGGAAGCGUCCCCGGAUGCUUCCGACGCUGAUGGAUUUCCCGGAAAUAGUUUGGCCCUCGGUGAUGAAAUCUAUCAAGAACUGGAUCAUGGUACAGUUCAUUAUUCGACCGUACUUUGAUCGGGAGUUCAGUUUGCCGGAUUUCGUUCAGGGUGCCAAACAGGCACUGAUGGUCGUUUCCGCUUCGUUGGCCGGGGGAGAGUUGAAAAACCUGGAUGGGCUGGUCGAUUAUCGGGCAUUGAAUGAUCUGAAAAACUCGGUCACCAAAUUGUCGGUGGCACAGCGAUUCGAUCUGCAGGUCAACAAGGAUGAUAUUUAUUUUUCGUUCCCUUACCAGGUCGGUGUGAUGUUUGACGAAGAGAACGAGGAGAGUCAAAAACGGUAUGUUGAAAUCACCAUGGUGUUCCACGUGCUAAAAGGGCUGAGGACGAUGGUAGAACGUGGAGAGCAAAUCCCAUUGAACAUAGGAGUAAUGCCAGAAUAUCGGGACAGGAUAAGCAUCUGCAACUACCGGUUCAUCAAGGAAUUCACCAAGGGCGUCGAAUCGGACUGGACCGUCAAUGUGGUCAACCAUUUCAAACCAUCGGACUUGAUCGACGAAUGAGGUUCUAUUGCGUAAACUAUUUCAUUUGAUUAGAUCCCACACAAAGUAUGGAGUUAGUUAGAGCGUGUACAUUUUGUUAAUAAACAUUUCGAGAACAAUGAUGAAUGAAAUAAUAACAAACAAAACUGUCGAA